CCAUUUCUGAAACAUAGAUCAGUACUGUAUAUACUACUACUACUAAUGUAUUUAUUUCUUCUCUAGAAACUGAAAAUAUCGUAUGCUGACCAUCAUUGUUGGCUGUAAGGAAUAUCAAGCUGACAGAAAAGCAUGACGGGUGCUUUAAAGGUUUUCCUCCUUCUACUUCAAGGUACCUUAUGCAUGACGUUUGAAAUCACCAUGCCUCUGAGAAUAGAUGGACUAACUGGAUCCUGUGUGAAGGUCCCCUGCACUUUCGACUUCGACUCAAAGUACGAUGUAGAUCUGGAUGAUUCCUGCAAAGCAAUUUGGAGAAGAAGAAGCACGAGGGGAACAAUUGUGUUUGAUUCCAGCCUCACUGGAGAUCAGGCAAGCGGAAACCUCACAGGGAACCUGCAGAACAAGGAGUGCACCACCAUCUUCUACAACAUGCCACCGUCCCAUUCUGACAACUACUACUUCAGGAUUCAGUGUAAUAACAGGCUGAAGGCCACCUUUCCAACAGGAGUCCGUAUCACCACUCAAAAUUCACUGGACCAACCUACCAUAACUCCAUCUACACUGGAGGUAGAGGAGGGGGCUCUGGUGACGUUGAUCUGCACGGCUGUAGCUCCGUGUCCCAUCCUUCCCCCAGAUCUGACUUGGACCCCCAGGAUAGGUGACAUUGAGGAGAAACAUGAAUCUGAAUCCAUGGUCUCUGUUAUGAACUUCACCUCUUCUUACCUCCACAAUGGACAGAACUUUUCGUGCACCGCUCUCUACAAACGACAAGCUGGCAACACCGACCUUCGGUUUGAAAAGUUUAUGACCCUCCAUGUUCUUUAUCUCCCUAAGAACACCUCGGUGUCUGCUGACCCCUCUGGUCCGGUGCAGGACGGCAGCUCUGUAACUCUGACCUGCACAAGCAUCGCCAAUCCAGCAGCAGUGAACUUCACCUGGUUCAGAGCGGCUGGAAGAGAGGAGAAGGUGAUGGGCUCUGAGAGAGACCUCACCUUCAAUGUGACCAAACUCUCAGAAGAUCAGUAUUACUGUGAAGCUCUGAAUGUCCACGGACCUGGCACCUCAGAGCGUGUCAGCUUUGACGUCACAUUUCCUCCAGAGAUCCUGUCUUCUUCCAGUUGCAUCAAGAUUUCAUCCACGAUCCAAUGUUCCUGCUACAGCCAGGGGAACCCGCCUCCCUCCCUGGUUUGGAAGUUGGCCGGAGAGCCUGUCAAUCACUCUGCUGCCAUCCCAAUCAGGGAAGAGUCCCUGGGGAACGUGGGCAUGAAUAGCAUCAUCACCCUGUACGAUCUGGACGAAGACACGCUCUCUCUAGUCUGCCUUAGCAUCAACUCACUGGGCUCUGACAGUUUUGCGUUUAACAUGUCGCUUAGCAAAACUGAGCAAGGCCUCCACUCUUUGUCUAUUGGGAUCGGUUUUGCAGUGGCAGCUCUGGGGAUGCUGCUGGUUUGUGUACCGCUGCUGAUAAUCUACUACUGGAAAAGAAAAGUAAUCUCUUCCCCUGACAAGGGAGAGGCGGAGACUUGCAACCCUGUAGUUACUGAUGCGAUCAACUCUUCAAAAGUGGAUGUGAUUUAUGCUAAUAAAGCUUUUCUGGAAGAGAAAGAAGUAGCUGAUGAAGAACCUCUCCAUUACGUCAAUGUGGACUUUGCUAAACUGCAGGCCCAUUCAAAGGGUAAGCCUGGGGAAGGGGAGAUUAGAGGCCUGGACUCAAAGACGGAGUAUGCUGAGAUCCGUCUGCAGUCCAGAGGAAGCAUCGGAGGAGAUGCAGAGGAAGAAGAGAACGUUUCUGACACUCAAUUGGAACAAGAGAAGACAGCUUAGUCUCAUAGACCUUGAGGUAAAAAGUGUAUAACCAGCGUUUAAGGGAAAUUUUAGCUGAAACACAGAAUUGUGCGCUACAAACACAUACAGGACUUUUUUUCUAGAUUUUUUUUCAAAAUACAAAGACAUUUUGUUGGCAGUUAUACAAGAGCUGAAUUCAAAGCGUGUAAUGAAAUGGAGCAAUAUGUAUUUGGCACAUUGUUUGAACAUGUAUAUUUCAGAAACAAGCCUCUUCUGCACAAUAUUGCAACAUUAAAGCCCUCAUCAUAAAUGU